AUGUUAAUCAAUCGGACAGUCUUCGUAUUGGAUGUAUCGGGCAGUAUGUCCGGAGCCAAGUGCGAGACACUGCACUUGGAGACCCUGCGCUUCAUAAACCGUAUUGGUGAUAACAACCACGUGGGCAUUGUGUUGUUUAACGAGAAUGCGUGGUCAGUGCACGAAGUGACCAUGGUCACGGGCGCAGCGGUUAGAGACGGUCUCGUGAAGGCCGUUCCCGUGCGGGCCGGCGGUGGCACUGAUAUCGGGGCCGGCAUUAUAGAGGGGUUGGCGGCGUUCAGACGCGCCAGUGUUGACACCAAUGGCGCGAAGAUGUUUGUGGCCACUGAUGGCGAGCAUUGCACCGGUAAAGUGUAUUGUCUGGCAAUCGGUGUGAGCGCUGACCACCGAUUGGAGAGAUUGUCGGCCGAAACGGGGGGUCAAGUGUUUAACUUGAGUCGAGUGGACGCCGAGAGCCGCGAAAUGAUGGCCCGCGUAAUGGAGGCCGCGAUGAAAGAGGUUAUCACCUCUAAAGAGAUGGCAGAAGUGGUCACUCAUACUGUUGUCAAUGAAAUUGUUAUUAUUGGUGACAACACUCGCACCGCUCGUAACAGUUAUGAGACUCGAGUGCCCAUUGAGGCCGACAUCGGACGCAACACUCAAAUUCAUAUCCGCUCCCAAAUCAUCAACGAUCUGGAGGUGGAGAUCACCGGCCCGUCGGGUGCUGUCUAUAGCACUACCGGCGGAGAGAUUACUAAACGAUUAGAUCUGAAAGAGUGCGUCCUAUUCAUGGACUCGACUCAAGCGGGUCUCUGGUCUAUUAAAGUGACGGCACAGACGUCGGGCACAGUUAGAGCUCAUUUGGUGAUUGAGAGCAACCCAACCGGCGCUCAAGCCAUUGGAUUGCAAGUGUUUUUGAAAGCAUCGGAAGAUAAUUGUCCGCCGAUUGUCUCAUGUAAGUUGUGUAAAGGCAAAGACCCGAUAAUAGGCGCUAUAGUGACGGCAACAGUGGACAGACCGGACGGCACUCAGACUGACCUCCCGUUAAACUUGUAUCAUAACGACGGCUAUUAUUACGCCUACUUUACCCACUAUAGCGGCGCCGGCAGAUAUAAUGUUAGCGCACUGGCCGUUAACGAUGGGAAUAAUACGACUUACCAUGGCAAACCCGUCGGGCAAUUCCGUCGCCAACGGGUGGCCAACAGUUUUCAAGUGAUGGCCGACUCUAUGCCCACUCAAUCGCCGGCUGGUGACCACUUUUCCCAACUGUUGCUUAGCAACCAAUUUGGGUCAAUGCGUAUAAAUAAUAGCACCCAAUCUGGAGCCCCAACGGGUCCGGCGCCCAAACGCUCGGGUUCUUCGCUGGAUAGCAAAGUAGUGCUAUUAAGCCCUGAAAUGCGAUCACUUAAGAAUCGGUUGGCGUCUAAUUAUUUCCGCACAAUAUUGGCUGUCAAAGGACUACAGGUGUCCGCGAGUGAGAAGUCGGGUCUCAUGAAUCGGUUGACCACUUUUGAACGCUUCUUAACCUCCGUUCGCGAGACUUCUGCCGAAGAGAUCGAUGGAUAUCAACGUACUGUGGAUGACGUGAACAAUGAGGUUAUGGCCCGAAGACUUACGAAUUGAUUUGACACUCAAAUGAUCUCAUUUUUGUUUAUCCAUUUAUUGCA